AUGGAGGCCACGCUGCGGCAAAGAUAUGCUGCUCUGAAAGUAAUACUGUGUAUUACGAAACUUAGACGAGCUAAACAAGCCAAAAAGCGCGCAUGGAUGCGUUCAUGGUUAGCUCGUCGGGAAAGUGAAAGUGUGUACCACAGGCUGUUGAAAGAGCUGAGUUUAGAGAAUCACGAGACUCUGAAGAACUGGACCAGGCUGGACAAGGACCAGUACCACAGACUUCUUGAGUUAGUAACACCUCUCAUGGCCAAAAGUGACACUAAGAUGAGGAAAGCUGUCACUGCAGGAGAGCGUUUGACACUGACACUUCGUUACUUAGCCACAGGGGAAUCUCAAGUUUCACUCGCCUACCAGUUUCGCAUCAGCCACAACCUCAUCUCUUCAAUAAUACCUUCAGUAUGUAGAGCCAUCUACCAAGUUCUGCAGCCACAGUACCUUCAUCUACCGAGAAACCAAAGUGAGUGGCAGCAUGUUGCAAGCCAGUACUAUGCAAGGUGGAAUUUUCCUAUGUGCAUUGGGGCUCUAGAUGGCAAGAGGGUACUAAUUUCUAAGCCAUCACGUUCUGGGUCUGAAUAUUAUGACUACAAGGGUCAUUUUAGUCUCAUCAUGAUGGCACUUGUAGAUGCAGACUAGAAAUUCAUGUAUGUUGACGUAGGUGCUAGUGGUCGAGCUAGUGAUGCUGGAGUGUGGGAGAGAUGUGGCCUCAGAGAUGCUAUCGAGGGAAAAAAAAUAAAUAUUCCAUCUUCUACCUCUAUUCCAUUCACCAGGAGGCAGUGUCCUUUUGUAAUAGUUGGUGAUGAUGCCUUUCCUCUCAAAACAUACCUCAUGAAGCCAUAUCCUGGGAAAGACCUACCCAAUGAAAAGCUAGUUUUCAACUAUCUUCUGUCACGUGCAAGGCGUACAUCUGAAAAUGCUUUUGGAAUAAUGGCUGGUAGAUUUCAGAUUUACAAAAAACCUAUCAACACAUCUGAGAAUGUUAAAGAUAUAGUUCUUGCCACUGUAGUACUCCACAAUUAUCUACGGGUAAAUUCUGGAAAAAAGCACAACACACAUGGAGAGCAUAGGCAUGAAGAAGUGGAAGACGUCCUCUAGGAAGCAUUUCAGAGACUACCACCCAUUGGCCGAGGUCACAGUAAUGAUGCUAAGGUGGUGCGGGAAACAUUUGAAGAAUACUUCAAUAAUGAAGGAAGUGUCCCUUGGCAAGCAGAGAGAAUGCUCAUGCACUAAUUCUGCUAUGAAUAAAUGUUUCAAUUGUAUAUAUUCUUAUAUAUGUAAUAUUGGUCAGGAUUAAGUUUUUUUGCUGCAUGAUCUAUAGUCUGGAUAAAGUGUUUUUGUACUAAGUUGUAUAGGUUGGAUUAAUAUUAUAGUGUAGUAAGUUUUAUAAUAUGGAUUAUGUUUAUUUGUGAUAUGGGGAUUAAUUUAAAAUGGAUGAAGUUUACUUGCUAUGGUUAUAACAAUAACAGUUGGGAUGAAUGUUAUUUCCAUUAAUAAGAUAAAUUACAGUUUGCUAUUUUUUUCCUUUUUCUUUUCUGGUAUUGAUCAUGAAUAAGGGAGUGUUACCCUUGUAUAAGUUUACAUGCCUUCAUACUUUCUCUGCUACCUUUUAAAUAUCAUUAUUAGUAACAACAAACUUUUUUUUGCAUUAAAAUAACAGACAUAAAUAUUAACUGUAUUUCCUGAGAGAGGCAUCAUAUUUUAAUUUUUACUGUUUUGAAAAAUUGUGCUUCUGUGAUGAAAUAAAAUAUGCUUGACUUGAGACAACUUUAUAUAUUUUGCCUUGAAUUAUAAUUUUUCAUCACUCCCAAUAGCUGAAAGGCUGCUGACAUCCUUUCAGCAGAGGGCAGGUCACGCAUCCAGUGUGUCACCAUCCUGCCAAAACUGAAACUGAAAUCAUCUUUUUCUUUAUUUGCCUCAUUUAGGUUUUGUAGGGCUUCUCUGCACUCUUCCUCAAUGUGGCUUAUGUCAUGUCUCCUCUUGCGUUUGCUUGAUGAGGUAGUGCCAGAAGAGUGAACAGGUGUCAUUCCUGUUGACAGCAAUGCACUGCCUGCCACUGGUGAAGGUGCCUCUACUUCAGCUGUAUUACCUUCACACAACGGUGAAGGUAAUGAAGUAGUACAGGGAGAUGGCGAUGAGGUGUAAGAAUAUAAAGGUGAAGGAGUUGAGGAGCUGCUAGGGGAUGCAAUGGACGCCUCCUGUAUCCCAUCUUCAUGAAUGACGAUGGAGAAGGUGUCCACUGCCGCACUUGCCUGUGCAGAAAAGAAUAAAGUAAAAUUAUAUCAGAAUUGAGGGAGAGAGAGAGAGAGA